AUGGCCAUUUUUUAUUAAUUUAAAUCUGAUUUUUUAUGUUUUAAUUUAUUUUAUUUUUUUAUGUUUUUCAUAUGUUUAUUGGAAGAUAAGAGGGUUAAUAUAAAAUUUAAUUAGCAUCAAGCAUCUUAGAAGCAUCUAUCUAUCAAUAGCAUUAUCUUAGUUUAUCAUUUAGCAAUUUAUUAGCAGCAAUUAUCAUUAGCAUUAUCUUAGUUAGUUAAAUAUCAUUUUAUUAUUUUUUUAAAAAUUUUGACAACAAAAUAAAAUUUUUUUCCUCAUUUUUUUAAAAAACUUGUAAACCUCAUUCGUCAUAUUUCAAAAAUUAAAAUUCGUCAUAUUUCAAAAUAAAAAUUGUAUGUGUGCUUAAUUUAAGCAUGUGGGAUUUUACCCAUAGUGACAUAUUCGCCCGCCUCCGUUUUCAAUAAGAAAAUUGGCUUAAAAAACAGCGAGAGUCACAGCUAUUUAUUCAAUAGCUUCCCAUGUGAGCUCUCUUUUGGAUUGGUUUAAAAACUAAGUGACUGCCUCCGAGCAUACCUUUUGUAUAGGUAAUUCUAAUACAAAUGGUAACACAAUCAAACGCCACUUCUUGCCUGGGUUUUAAUUUAUUAUGAAUGA